AUGUCGUUCCUGAAACGGGCAAAGAAGCCCGAUCAGACGGCCAAUCCGCCUCUUGACGGCUCUCAGGAGACUGCUCCCUUUCCUGAGGCACAACCCACCGCCACCAAUGAUAUCGUGUAUCCUCACGGCCCGAAGCUUGCCCUUAUUAUGAUAUCGACCUUUACGAGCAUGUUCCUGGUUGCUCUGGAUCGUCUUAUUAUCGCAACGGCCAUUCCCAAGAUCACCGACGAGUUUCACAGUGAGACGGACAUCGGCUGGUAUGGCUCGGCCUACAUGUUGACCAACUGCGCCUUUCAGCUCUCAUUUGGCAAGCUGUACACCUUCUACUCGGUCAAGACCUGCUUCCUCUCCGCCAUCGCCCUCUUCGAGAUCGGCUCCGCCAUAUGCGGCGCUGCUCCCAGCUCCACCGCCUUUAUCGUGGGUCGUGCCAUCGCCGGCGUGGGCAGCGCGGGUAUCAUGAGCGGUACUAUUACCGUUAUUGUUUACGCCCUUCCCCUGCACAGGCGACCCAUCUUCCAGGGCCUCUUCGGUGCCGUGUUCGGUCUCGCCUCCGUCAUUGGUCCCCUGCUGGGCGGUGCCUUCACCACCGAUGUCUCGUGGCGCUGGUGCUUCUACAUCAAUCUGCCCUUUGGCGGCGUCGCCAUGGCUUUCAUCUUCCUCCUACUCAAGAUUCCUGACCGCGACGCCCAGGCCCUCCCGACAAGGCAGAAGCUCAGCCAGCUCGAUUUCCUCGGCAUCUUCUUCCUCCUGCCCGGUGUCGUCUGCCUGCUGCUCGCCCUGCAGUGGGGCGGCACCACCUACGCCUGGCACAACGGCCGCAUCAUCGCACUGCUCGUGCUGGCCGGCGUGCUACUGAUCGGCUUCGUCGCCGUGCAGAUCCUCCGCCCCGAGACCGCCACCAUCCCGCCAAGGAUCUUUUGCCAGAGGAGCAUCAUCGCCGGCUUCUGGGUCACGUUCUGCAUCGGCGCGUCCAUGAUGAUCGUCGUCUACUACCUGCCUAUCUGGUUCCAAGCUAUCGAAGGCAUCUCUGCCGUCAACUCGGGCAUCCGCCUCCUGCCCCUCGUGCUGAGCAUGGUCCUCGCCAGCAUCAGCUCGGGCUUCCUGGUCGCCCGCAUCGGCUACUACACCCCGUUUCUCCUCGUCGGCAUCUGCAUAAUGUCCGUGGGCUCCGGCCUGCUCACCACCCUGCAGGUCGACACCUCCGAGGGCAAGUGGAUUGGCUUCCAGAUCGUCUACGGCUUCGGCAUGGGCUCGUCCUUCCAGGCUCCCAACCUGGCAGCCCAGACCGUCCUGCCUACGCGCGAUGUCCCCGUCGGCACCUCGCUGAUCCUCUUCAGCCAGCUGCUGGGCGGUGCCAUCUUUACCUCCGUCGGCAGCAACGUCCUCGACAACGAGCUGCUCAAGAACCUGGCCGGAAUCCCGGGCGUCAACCCGGCGCUGGUCCUCUCCGCCGGCGCCACCGAAUUUGUCAACGUCAUCCCCGCCUCCGCCAAGGCCGCCGUGCUGAAAGCGUACAACUCGAGCUUGCGCGUCGCUUUUGUCGUCGCCGUGGCCAUGUCGUGCCUGACCAUCAUUGGCGCACUGGCGCUCGAGUGGAAGAGCACCAAGAGCAAGCAGCCUGGGCGCAACAAGGCGGAGGCCGCUGAGAAGGGCGAGAUCACUGGUGCCGCCGACGCGACAGAGAGCGUGAUGCGAAUGUCGAAAAGGUUGGUGUAUAAAUAGAAGAAGGGAAGGAAAAUGGAUGGAUGGUUGAUUUGUUGAACUGUUUUUGACGACUGUGAUACCCACAAAGGAGGAACGAGCGGUGCCAUUUAAUCUGUCUUUACAUUGGAUGAGGGUGAGCCAAAACGGAGGGGAUACAAAAGAACCCACCUAAGGGAGAGAGGCUUAUAACACAUAAUGUAACACGCAUGUUCAUCGGCGUAUCGGGGUGGAAAACAUGGAUUCAUAGAUCCCAUACACAGGUCUUUUUUGCUAUU